UGUGUCCGUUCCCAGACGCCAGGCCACCCCCGUCAAUCACGAACCAAAGUUUCUGGUGGCAGAACACUCCGUAAUCCAUACUGUAUCCAUCGCAGCAGCUGUACCGUAUAAUUCUGGACUCCUCAUUCUGCAUUGCAACGUCUCCCUACCCGUUCGCAUCAGCUGCACUGCGCACCCCGUCUUCGCCUACGCCUACGCCUACACCACGCCUGCACCUACAUCUAAGCAUAAGCUCACGCCUACGCCUACUCGACCUGCCGCAACGAGAUAAGACACUAAAUCAGGCGAAUCGAAUUCGCCGCCCCCCGGAGGGAUUUUCCUACAGAAAAGCCACCUGCAUUUCCAUACCAGAAGGUCUGUGAACCUCUGGUAUCCCGCCCUCGUCCUGGCGUCAUUAACUCCCACCUCUUUCUCCUCCGCUGGCGGGUCGUUCUCUCAUCGACGAAGGCGCUCGGAAAUCUUGAGUGCAAGCGUCCCUCCUGGUAUUAAUACUCAAGAGUCCACUGGAGUCGACAUCGAUACCGAAACCUCCCCAUCGCGAACAACGGUCACCAUUCUGUCUCCUAUCCCUGGGACGCCUGUGACACCUGUAAGUGGCACACACAGUGUUCCUAUGACGCUGUCGCGCAGCCCCUCUCCUCGGCCAGGAGGUGGAUGGGCGAGUCCGGGCCUCAACAGUCCAUAUCAUGAUGGCAGUGGGCGAUCAAGUCCUUCGGGGGGCUUUCGUGGCUCCAAUGGUGCUUCCUCAGUAACAUGGGAAUCGGCCAAGGCCAAGAGCGAAGGGGUCAAUGGCUACCCAUCAUUCUCUACACAGAAUAACGGCUUCUUCAAUCGACACUACAGGUCCAUUUCCAACAGUCUGCCCAGGUUCAAUGGCGGAUCCCACAAAAGCUAUGCUGAAAAGGAGAAACUGGGGAGAGGUCGGUGGGUGCCAGGUGGAAGCAAGCUGGCCAGGCUACGGAUCAUGGCAUUAAAUACUUCACGAAAGACGCGCAUGCGACUGCUAACUGUCCUCGGUCUCAUUGUAAUGAUCAUUCUCUUUUACACCACCCGUAAGCUUCCCACACCCAAUACUCGUCCCAACAAAAGUCUGACCAAAUAUAGCUUUGCACUACUAUUGGCGAAGGAGCAAGCAUCUCGGGGGUGGAAAGAAGUUCGUAAUAAUACUCGCUGCAAACCAAGGAGGUGGUGUAAUGGAGUGGAAGGGUCCGCGAGAAUGGGCAAUUGAGCGCGACAGUGUACGGAAUAAAAGAAAGUAUGCCAAUAGAUGGGGGUAUGAGCUAGAGAUUGUCGACAUGAGCACCAAGAAGAGAUAUGCUCACGAGUGGAGAGAAAGUUGGGAGAAGGUCGACACGAUUCGGAAUUGCUUGAGAAAGUAUCCCGAUGCCGAAUGGUUCGUGGCUUCGCCAACUUGCUAAUUAUUCCGCUAACAAAAAUUCUAGGUUCUGGUGGAUGGAUCUUAACACUUUCGUCAUGGAGCCUUCCUACUCUCUGCAAUCGCAUGUUUUUAAUCACCUCGCUAAAAACACCUAUCGCGACAUCAAUGAUUAUAACCCUCUUAAUAUCACACAUCCUUUUACAUCGCCUCACCUUGAUGCUGAAGCUCUUAGCGCUGUGGGAGAUGGAAAGGAGAGCUCUAUCAAUUUGGUGGUCCCCCAGGACUGCUCUGGAUUCAAUCUCGGGUCAUUUUUCAUAAAACGAAGCGCGUGGACUGAUCGUUUACUUGAUGUCUGGUGGGAUCCAGUCGGUUACGAGCAAAAGCAUAUGGAAUGGGAACAUAAAGAGCAAGAUGCCCUGGAAUUCCUCUACACCAAUCAGCCAUGGAUCCGGCCACAUACAGCAUUCAUCCCACAACGAUCAAUCAACAGUUUCCCGCCGGGGGCUUGUUCUGACAAUGGAAACGAUACCCGAAUUCAUUACAACGAGAAGGACAGAGAUUUCGUUGUGAAUAUGGCAGGAUGCGAAUGGGGACGUGAUUGCUGGGGAGAAAUGUACAACUAUCGCGAGUUGAGCAAUUUAUUGAACCGCAACCCAUGGGAGCUAUUCAAGGAGGAGUUUGUUGCCGUUAUUUGGUUCAAGAUCACCGGACACAAAGUCAAGUUAUAG